AUGACGCGCCGGGGUCGGCGGAGAAGCAGCCACUUCCUGAAGCCGCCGGCCGGGGCCGCUCGCUGCACUCAGCGCCGGAGCCGGGAGCCCGUGGCCGCCACCAUGUCCCACCAGACCGGCAUCCAAGCUAGUAAAGAUGUUAAAGAUAUCUUUGCCAGAGCAAGAAAUGGAAAAUACAGACUUCUGAAAAUAUCUAUUGAAAAUGAGCAGCUUGUCAUUGGAUCAUAUAGUCAACCUUCAGAUUCAUGGGAUAAGGAUUAUGAUUUCUUUGUUCUACCCCUGCUGGAGGAGAGACAACCAUGCUAUAUAUUAUUCAGGUUAGAUUCUCAGAAUGCCCAGGGAUAUGAGUGGAUAUUCAUUGCGUGGUCUCCAGAUCAUUCUCAUGUUCGUCAAAAAAUGUUGUAUGCAGCAACAAGAGCAACUCUGAAAAAGGAGUUUGGAGGUGGCCACAUUAAAGAUGAAGUAUUUGGGACAGUAAAGGAGGAUGUAUCACUACAUGGAUAUAAAAAAUAUUUGCUAUCGCAAUCUUCCCCUGCCCCGUUGACUGCAGCUGAGGAAGAAUUACGACAGAUUAAAAUUAAUGAGGUACAAACUGAUGUGAGUGUGGACACGAAGCAUCAAACACUACAAGGAGUAGCAUUCCCUAUUUCUCGAGAAGCUUUUCAAGCUUUGGAAAAAUUGAGUAACAGGCAGCUCAACUAUGUGCAGUUGGAAAUAGAUAUAAAAAAUGAAAUAAUAAUUUUGGCAGACACUACAAAUACAGAGCUAAAAGACUUGCCAAAGAGGAUUCCCAAGGAUUCAGCACGUUACCAUUUCUUUCUGUAUAAACAUUCCCAUGAAGGAGACUAUUUGGAGUCCAUAGUUUUUAUUUAUUCAAUGCCUGGGUACACGUGCAGUAUAAGAGAACGGAUGCUGUAUUCUAGCUGCAAGAGUCCUCUGCUAGAAAUUGUAGAAAGACAACUACAAAUGGAUGUAAUUAGAAAGAUUGAGAUAGAUAAUGGGGAUGAAUUGACUGCAGACUUCCUUUAUGAAGAAGUACACCCCAAGCAGCAUGCACAUAAGCAAAGUUUUGCAAAACCAAAAGGUCCUGCAGGAAAAAGAGGAAUUCGAAGACUAAUUAGGGGUCCAGCUGAAACUGAAACCACUACUGAUUAAAAUGAUUAUAUUAAACAUGACAAUACUAGUUUUUUAAAAGUACAGCUUUUAGUACAGGAGAACUGAAAUCAUUCCAUGUUGAUAUAGAGUAGGGAAAAAACUGUAAUUUUUAAAAGGUAGCACUUUUCACUUCUGUGUGUUUUUAAAAUUAAUAUUAUAGAAGACUCAUGAUUUCUAUUUUGAGUUAAAGCUAGAAAAGGAUUCAACAUAAUAUGUUUAAUCCUGGCACACUUUUCAUCGAGUGAUGAGUCCACACUUUCAGACAGUUCUUAAAAUUUUAUAGUUGGGCUAAUUCCAGAAGGUCUAAUAUCUCAAAGUACGAUACACUUACUACUCUAUAGUGAGACAUUUGAAUUUUUUUUUUUUUUUAAGAAAGAAAUACCUUAAAAUAUUCAUUUUGCUUCAUAAGUAUAUUAAGGAGCAGGUUGGAUUAUUUUCUAAGAUGAAAAUUUAGCGUGCCUAGGAGAAGGUGGAAAGUUGUAUUUUCUGAGGAAGAAUGCUCACUAGCAGACUGGUAUCAUGUCUGUAACUUUUAGUAACAGUCCUUUAUUGCAGCAGUGUUUUCUAUUUGGCUUUUUGUUUUUUAAUGGCAUUGAAAUUUUAGAAGGUAGCUCAUUCUGAAACCUUAAGGGUAGUAGAUAUUUUCUGCAGGAUUUCUGAUGACAUUGAAAGACAUGUUUAAACAGCCUUAGUGAAUUCUCUUUCUCGUGCAUUAAAAAAAUUUCCGUUUUAAAAGUAAGCAGUUUCAUUCUGAGUACUAUGAGGCCUAAUUAUUUGUUCAUAUUGAAUUUUAAAUUAAUAUACAAAAGCAAACAGAAGUAGUCAAAAAUGUUGGCAAAGUUUUAAACAUGAAGAUUGGGUUUUUUUCCCCCAAAUCUGCAUGUUUAUUGGCACAUUGUGUUCUUUUUCACUUUUGAGCAAAUAAUUCAGAUUUCAUAAAAUUUUAAAACCAUUGUAUUCAUCAGCCUAAAACAGAUAAAAACUUAGCUUAAGAAUUUUGUUUCAAUUUAUAUCUUUUUUCAAAACACACUUAACUCUUUGCUAAAGCUCUGCAUUUCCAGUUAUAAUUUAGAGACAUUUUGAGCCUCAUUUUUCUUUGAUACUUGAAAUAGAGGGAGCUAGAACACUUCAUCAUGUUUGACCUGUUAAACUUGCUGCAAGAGCCAGAACUUUGUGUAGUUGUUUUCUAAAUGAACUGAGGGGAUCCAGAAUUUGGAAUUUUUUGAUCUAAACUUGAUGCUGCAUAAAGGUUAUCAGACAUGCACAUUUCAUAGUAUAAAAUAUGAAGCACUCAUUUCUAAACCUUAUUACCUAAGGUAAUAUAUGCACCUUUUGAAAUCCAGCGUGUGUUCUGUAAGUAAAGCAUAUUAGAAUUAUGGGUUGACGGAUUUUUUUUUUUUUUAAUAGAUCAGGAGUACUUGUGUGGGGUUUUGUUUACAAAUAAUCAGACUAUAAUAUUUAAACAUGCAAAAUAAUUGA